AUGAGUGAACCAUCAAGUCCUCUCUCCUCGCCUCGCGGCUCUUCCCGCGACUCUACCCCGUCGUCGCCGUCGUCACCCCUCUCGACUCUCUCAAACACGCCCUCCUUACCAGACACCUCCGUCUCGUUGGUCGAUCCUUCACGACGGUAUCCCUCGCCCAUGUCGACGACUGCCUCGGGAGCCCAGUCUCCUAUGAGAUCAACAGCCACAAUUAGCCUUGGACAACCCGUCUCUGACAACGACUCUUCAAAGAGUGUAGAUGACGACCAACCCCCAGCUAAAAGACGCAAGGUUUACCAGCCCAAGGAGCGCACAACAGAAUAUUUGAAUUACCUGAACAAGGACGAUAAAGAUAUGACAGCCGAAGAAAAAGCACAGGAGAAGAGGUUGAUCACGGCGCUGCGGAAAAAGAAGAAGAUUGUUGUUAUUGCAGGGGCUGGCAUCUCUGUAUCGGCAGGAAUUCCGGAUUUCAGAUCCUCCACAGGUCUCUUCGCGCGUGUCAAAAAUCAACACAACCUGAAGGGAUCGGGCAAACACCUCUUCGACGCGUCUGUCUAUAGACAUGACUCCUCAACGCAGUCCUUUCACAGCAUGGUCCGGGAAAUGAACGAAAUGACCAAGAAAGCGAGCCCAACCCCAUUCCACCGCCUGUUAGCAUCCCUAGCCCAAGAAGGACGUUUAAUGCGACUCUAUUCUCAAAAUAUCGAUUGUCUGGAUGCGAAUAUGGAACCGCUGGCUACCGAGAUCCCUCUGCCUCUCAAGGCUCCCUGGCCAGCUACCAUCCAGCUUCAUGGUGGACUACAGAAGAUGGUCUGCAGCAAAUGUGGCCAUUUAGAACCGUUCGACGGGGAAGUAUUUGACGGACCUGAGGCUCCGCUGUGCAAGGAGUGUGUAGUGCACGAUGAACUAAGGACAUCAUUUGCCGGAAAGCGGAGUCAUGGGAUUGGGCGCAUACGGCCGCGAUUCGUGCUCUAUAACGAGUAUAAUCCAGAUGAAGAAGCCAUUGGAAACGUAUCGAGUGCAGAUCUGAAAGCCCGCCCGGAUUGCGUUAUUGUUGUUGGAACCACCCUCAAGGUUCCAGGCACAAGGAGGCUAGUCAGAGAGAUGUGUCAGGUCACAAGAGGCCGAAGAGAUGGACUCACGAUUUGGAUCAAUACCGAUGCAGAGCCCAAGGAUGCGUUAUUCAAGGACUGUUGGGAUCUUGUUGUACGCUCUCCAUGCGACAAGGUAGCUCACCUCGCAGCCCUACCUCCGUGGGAUUGCGACAUCGGCAACGACUAUCUUGUGUCUGCUGAGCAAGACGGCCAGAACCAGGAGCGUCUCAAGAAUACCAAAUUGGAAGUUGCGCUACCACCGAUUCAAACCAAUCCUAGCCUUGAUCGCGAGCUGGAUGCUAUCCCCACGCCGCAACCCAGCCCUAAGCUUGCGGCCAAGAGGCAGUUGAAGAUUGUACUCGGCAGGGAGCCUCCUGAAAACGCUAAACAAACUAGGGCAGCAGCGAAGCCGCGUCCUCGAAAGACGAAGCAGCCCGCUAAGCCCAAGGCUCCUCCAAAGAAUGCCGUUACUGAGACGUUUAAAUCCGUCAAAAAUGUCGCUAGAGGCAAGACGACGGCGAAGAAGCUUGAUGAUCCCAUUGAUCUAUCUUCUCGGCCGCUUCUCCUGCCGCCUCUGAAGUCCGAACCCCUAAAGGCAGAAUUCGACUUCUCUUACGAUACUCCUCAGAGCGAUUUGAGCUCUUUACCUCCUUCCACCCCUCUUGCACCUCCCAAAAAGCAAGAGACGAUAUCUCCCAAGUCUAUACCCCGCAACAUGGAAAAUUUAAUCGAUUAUUGA